AUGGCCAGCGUGCAGCCAGGCCAUUCUCAUGGCGACCUGGUUGACGACGAUUCACUCCUGGACGAUGAUCUGAUUGAAGCCGACCACGACAUCGAGGCCGAUGAUCCCUUACACACGUCCGACACAGCCCCUCUACGAGGCAACAUCGCAUCCGACUCUGGCCGAGGCAGCCGCGUAGACGGCUAUGGCAACUACCUUACCUCCUCGAUUCCUGGUGAAGAUCGCCGAGCGACCCAAAAUACCAUCGAUGAGACUGUUUGGGCGACUCUAUCGCGCGACCUGUUCGCCGUCUGGGAAAAGAUGCGCCAGGUACUCUGGCCUAAAUACUUGCUGGGCGGUAUGCUGCAACGCGGUGGAGGAGGUAUUGCAGGUGCUGCUGAGCGAGGCGAGGCAUCUGGAUUCGGUCGUAACCUGCGCGGGAUCGUGGGUCGCUGGCCAGAUGCCGAUGUGGUUCUGCAGGGUGGCAUGAGUGAAGGGUUGCGCGACUGGGAUCUUUGGGGCCCGCUUGUCUUCUGUCUGGUUCUGAGUUUGUUCCUAUCUGUCGCAAAGGGUGACCAGGCUUCGCUGGUCUUCUCGGGUGUCUUCUGCAUUGUUUGGAUUGGCGAGGCUGCCGUUACUCUGCAGAUCAAGCUUCUUGGAGGAAAGAUCUCCUUCUUCCAGUCAAUUUGCAUCAUCGGUUACACACUCUUCCCACUGGUCAUUGCCGCGCUCCUAAGCGCGCUGGGCCUCCCGACAAUCGCCAGAAUACCCGUCUACCUCGUGCUUGUAGCAUGGUCGUUGGCUGCAGGUGUCAGCAUUUUGGGUGGCUCGGGUGUGGUGCGCAACCGUGUCAGUAUCGCGGUAUACCCACUGUUUGUGUUCUAUAUCGCGAUCGGGUGCCUCUGUUUCAUUAGUUAA